AAAAUGUGUUUCAUUUGUGCAAAUGUGCGCAUUUUCAUCCUAUUUUGCACCAUUUGCUCUCCUGUUGCUCGCAGCAGCCUUUAAACCAGUCUCCCCACUCCCUCCCACAUCCAAACGCUCCUGAACUGGAAGCAGUCCAGGGCUGUGGUUCCAGCCUGCUGACAAAACCCAAAUCAGCCCAAAGAGCGCAGCUCCUAAUUGGCUGAAGGAGAUCUGUCCGAUGAUUAGCGCUCUGCAGCAGACGGUGGAUUAAAGACGGUGGUCUCUCAUUAUUAGAAAGCGCUCGUCAGCACAUCUAUCCACCCAUCUUAAAGGCAGGCAGACGCCUGCGCUCCCCUUUUUCUUCCACCAUUGCGAAAGGACGGAGGGAACGUCAGGGACGUAGGAACUGGGAAAUCCUCCCGAGGCAAGUCCCACGACGCUGACGCGCCACGCUCCCCCACGCCGCGGCAGGCUUUCAUCCUGUGCUCUUCGGCUCAAGAUGGCGGUGCAGGCAGCGGAAAAGGACGGGAUAAACAUGAGCAUGGAUGAGGAACACCCGCUGAACGACUCACUGGGAAACUCCGGGCUGAUCUCACCCGACAAGGAGGAUUUAUCCCGUCUGCUGACUGUGCCUUUCAGCGGGCGCAUCCGCGGCGGAAUGCGGCCGGGCAAGAAGAUCAUAGUGAUGGGCAUCGUGGACCUGGAGCCACACAGCUUUGACGUUAGCCUCACCUGCGGGCGGGAUUCAGAAAAGGACACGUCGCCGUUCGACGUGGCGCUGAAACUCACCGCUCGCUUCAACGAUCGCCAGUUCAUGCGCAGCGCCCGCGUCUCGGGGAAAUGGACGGAAGAGGAGGCAUCCACCGACUACUUUCCUUUCAUCCCAGACCAGCCAUUUAGGAUUGAGAUCCACUGCGAGCACCAGCGCUUCCGGAUAUUCGUGGACGGACACCAGCUCUUUGACUUUUAUCACAAAGUAAAAUCCUUGCCCUCUAUUGACACGGUACUGAUACAAGGAGAUCUACAGAUCACCAAGCUCGGUUAAGCCUUCCUCUCACUGGAGUUCCUAGGAGUGUUUAAAGCAAAGACUUGAUUAUAAAACACAAACACACAUUCGUCUGUUACAUCAUCAUCUAUCCUGCCCCGCUGCAGCAGAGUUCCACAUGAGGGAAACAAAAGUUCUACAAAAGGAACCAUCUAAGGUUUUACUGUUUUUUUCUAAUUGGUCUUCAGGACUUGAUUCACCGCUGAAAGUCUUUUGUUCCUUGUUUAUUUGAAAUUGUUUCCAUUUUUUUUAUCCAGUCCUGCAUUUGUGAUUCUGAGCGCUUUUAAAGUGUAAAUUCUUCACAAUUCAUAAAUAAAAGCAAACUUCUAGAGUAGAAUAGUAAGGAGAAAUAUGAGCUAAAGGAAAAUUUUUUUUUUUUUUCAUUUUUGUUGCUUGUGAUCACGAAAUUCAAGGAUACUUCUGCACAGAAAAAAAAGUUCACAUAUUGAUCAAGAUUUGCACAAAUUUACCAUUAGAGCAGAAUGUGAGUUUCAUAGCAGAUCCAAAAUGACGUUGCUGCUUCAUCUGUGUGUUUGGAUUAGAUCUUCCAAAGCUGGAGGCAUAGUUUCAGUUUGAAUUAAGACUCUUGUUACUGCAGAACUGUCUGUGUAGACGAGCUCCUCUGCUCUGCAUAACGUUUAUCCCAGUUUACACGAUUCGCUGCAGCUUCCAUCGACCUAAAUACCCAAAAAAUAAGGAUUAUCUUGAGAUGUCCCAUAUUUUAUUUGCUGUAUUUGUUGGCAGCUUCCUGCUGUUUUUUUAUUUUUUUUUUCUUUGUGUGGCUCUUGCAGAUAGGAAGCUGAAAAUCAUCUUGAAGUUGCCUCUGGAUGGUUUUGUUCAUGGCAGGUUGUACAAACGUUGCUCUUUCUUUAGUUGCCCUUCAAACCUGGUAGCAAGACUGAAAUCAGGAUCAAAUCAUUGUUGGUACUUUGAAUGUAUGAUGUGCAUGUUUCCAUAAGUGUGUAGAAGAUGUAGUGAUGUACAUAAUUAAUUUAAAAUGUUUACCAGGGUUUUUUGGGGGGUUAUUUGGACUGUAACAUCACAGUUCACCAACUUUUGUGUUCUUACAUUCCUAUUUUGGUCUCCUGAAUCAUUCCUCACCAGCUCACGGUGAAGAUAGCAGCUUUUCCUAAACUCUACAUGCAAUGUACUGUGGUGUGCAGGAGAACUUGUUUCUCAGCUCAACUGUAGUAAAACUGCUAAAAGUCUUA